GGGAGUUUUUAUCUUCAUUCUCGCAUUUUAUGCGUUCAGCAUUUUCCUGACGCCAAAUUUCCCGAGGAGCGUAUGUUGAUGAACAACGUUUGAUCUCUCUUUCUCUGACUAUCAUUCAUCAAGGUUUUUUUUUUCAACGUCAGAAUCACGCUUGGAAUUUCUUCCUGUAUUAGCAUUUUCACUUUUCAUUUUUUUGCUGCGGUAAUCAGUGAAGUCGUCAAAUUGCAUCAUUGAAAGCACUGUUUCUUUCUUCUCCAUUCUAAUCCGACCUUUCUUGCCAGUGGAACAAGCGAAUUUCACACUUCCCAUCGCCGAUAAUUUCCGGACAGGUCCGUAACGGUACUUUGAAAUAAAAUAUUCACCGAAAAAGAAAGUUCCGACCUGUUUGUGAUGCGGAUCAGAACGGGAACUUCGCCUCUCGUCUGUUGAAUAAUCGUCGAACUUCGGGAACCCGUAACACGGGUCGGAUUACCAAUGUGAUUCCGAUUCCUCCUUUUUUUUACCCCCCGCUUUUCGUUUCGUUUCGUUUGUUUGUUUGUUUCGUACUCUUGUGUCGUCACGAACGGAGCGGGAGGUUGGAUCUGUAAUUGCGAAUCGGGCGAGUGCAAAUUCAAAUUCGUGGCACGCGAAGGACGAGUAGCGGUGUUCGCCCGUCUGGGCGAAGGAAAGCAACGCAAGAAGAGGCUCGAGGCGGAGACUUGCAGACGAUCUUGGAUGAAGAUCGCAUUCCGAGCGAGGUGGACGCGGCCAAGUGUCUCAGAGAUGUCUUGAAGGGCCUGUCAUUCCUACAUCGCCACGACCUGGCCCACCUCGACAUCAAGCCUCAAAAUAUUGUGCUGAAUGGCGACUUUCCGAAGUGCGAUGUGAAAUUGUGCGACUUCGGAAUUUCUCGCUUGAUUACGAAUGGCGCCGAGGUCCGGGAAAUAAUGGGAACCCCGGAUUAUGUUGCCCCUGAGGUGCUGAACUACGAGCCCAUCAGCCUGGCGACAGACAUGUGGUCUGUCGGAGUGCUGACCUACGUUUUGUUGACCGGUUGUUCGCCGUUCGGAGGCGAGACCAAGCAGGACACUUUCUGUAACAUCACGAAAGCCAUUGUGGACUUUCCCGAGGACCUCUUUGCUGACAUUUCCGACAACGCCAAGGACUUCAUUCUUCGCCUUCUCAUCAAGAAGCCGAGUGACCGGAUGAAAGUCGACGAGUGCCUCCGUCACCCGUGGCUGAAGUGCGGCAAGCCGGAAAUCCCUCGACCCGACAGCAUCCCGAUCCUGCCCCGACAGGAAAGCUGCCCUGCUUGCGGCAGUGGCAACACGACCCCCGUCAACACCCCAUCCUCAUUCCUCAACGACACCCAGCAGUCCCCGCGUGGUCGUCGCUUGUCCAACCUGCACCCGUCGACCGACAGCCUCGACAGCGACACGUCAGUGGAAACAGUGAAAGCCGCCCACAACGGCACUCGUCGCAUGAUCCCCGACGACGAGGAGGAAGAAGAAGACCUGGACGGAGACCUGAAUGCGUCCAAGCGGUAUUCGGCGUCCACGGAAACCGUCACUUCGUCUUCGUCGUCUUCCAGUAAUUCCAUAGGCAUCAACGGGAACCGAGCGUCCAUGACGACGAGCAUGACGUCACUGCGUUCCCCAUACAGUCGACGGCGAUCGUCGAUGGAGUCGCUCACGCCGCGGUUUUCGGCGUCCAUUCGAAGCAUCCCAGAGUCCAUGAUUCGAGCUUCAGUCGCUGCAACUUCUGCAGAAGUUGAAGAAGAUGCUGGGUUUGAAGCACGGGAAGAAGAAGAAGAAUUACCAAUUGACCAGGAGACGAUUCGGAGGACGGAAAUGGUUGCGUUGUACGGGUCCCGUUCGGCUGAGAACCGGAAGCGUCGCUCGUCACCGGCGACGCGGUUUUCCUUGGGCCACAACACUCGGCUGUUCCCCAUGCUCGGCGAGGACGACGUCGAUUCUCCCGACGAUAGUGUGCCAUGCAAGAACGAGAAUGUGCCAUCAUCCCCAUUGAAGAGCGACGACGACCAAGUGCCGACCCAUGGCCGGUGUUUCCUCACCGCAGGCGAAGACACUCGGCGAGCAUUCUCCGUUCCGGCGGCCUUUGAUCCGCCGGACUCGGAGCCUGGCCUCCUGCCGACGCGUCUCAUGAUGACCGCCGCCACCACCACCACCACCACCGACGCCCACAACCACAGUCAAAGCUGUUGCGACGACCUUUCCGACUCGCGCGGAAGCGUCAACGUCACCAACGGCGGGUCCCAACAACGCCAUCAUCACCCUCACUACCACCACCUCCUCCAUUUCCAACAGCAACAAUUCCACGCCAACAACCGCCAGCCGCAGUUCCCGGCGCCGCCGCCGAAAGAAUCCAGCCCUCGGCUCAGCCGCCUCUCGUCCGAGACGUCUUCCGAACGUUCCAGCGGCGUUUUCAGCGACUACAGCGAGCUCAGCAGCGACUCGAGCAGCGACAGAUCCAGUGUGAUGAGCUGGGAAGAAGCCGCCGACGCCGGCAGUAAUCACAUGGGCGGCUGCUCCGCCGUCGGGGCGCCUCGGUUCCAGAAUGCGCUAGAAGAGCGCUUUUUUGAGCUUAACCUCUGGGAGACGGUGUGGGACGAAGUGGCCCUGCGGAACCGUCGCGGGACAUGUCCCGGCCGUCGCGGCAGUGCAGAUGCGCACAAACCCUGGGAAAAGGUGUGCAGUGGGAUCGUGGCUCGGGCACAGGCACAAAUCGCGACCAAGUCGACGCGAAAGGCGCCCACGAGUGCCGCCAACAACUCGAGUGCCAAUUGCCGAAGUCUGGGCCGCAGUCUGGGCCACACCGUGAGUCGCUCUAUCACUCGGCUCCACGAAAAGGGCCAGAUGGUAGGGCCGUUGCCAACGACGACGACGUCGACAGGGUCACAAGACGCUGUUGUUCAAAAGGCAUCGCCGAAAAAGCCGACGCGGGCGCCGCCGAUGCCGCCUGUCGCCGUUGUUGUUGUUGGGACCCCGUGCGUGCGGAAGUUAUCUGCGGCGUUUGAUAAUUCCAGCAAAGUUGCACACGCUAGGUGAAGCGAAGUUGAUUGAAAUCGGAGAAAAACGAACUGAAUUCAAGGCUCAUGCAAAAGGAGUAUUUUUUUUUUCUUUGUUUGAUGUCGCAUUUUUUGGAGGAGGAGGAGGAGGAGGGGAAUGAAAAGAGCAUUAAAAAUUCCGUCGUUCCUUUUCAAACCGAUGCAGGAGCGAAUGUGAGAAAAUGUGUGGCUGAACCACGCAGUUGAAGAAGCUUAACGAUGAAAAUUCAGUGAAGAUGUCCGGAUGAACGAUUUUCUUUCCCUUCGAAUCGAAAGACGGUGAAACAUUUUUUUUUUUUCUCGUGUGGAAUAUUUAUUGUGGGGUUUUCGUUUUUUCUUGUGUCAGAAAACGACUUCAAAUUCUUGUCCUCUUUCUUAUUUUUUGGCGAUGAUAUUGAAAGAAGUAUUCCGUGAGAUUUUUUCGUCGUGAUUCCGUUUUUUUCUCUUGCCUUUCGGAUGCUAGAUGGCCGAAUCUGCUUUUCUCCGGGUUGAGAAGCAGGUCCCUUUUUUGGCGCAUAUAUCUUUGGAGCAUCUGUGAUCGAGCUUAGAGAUCGAAUGUGUCGCGGAUUUUCGUCUCUUGAGUUCAUUGAAAAUUCAGCAUUCAUUCGAAAAAUAUUUUCUGCGAAAAGACAGAAGAGAGAGAGAGAAAGAAAGAAAGAGAUAGAAAGCAACAUUGUCGUUCGGCUUUUUUGCUUCACCGUGUCUAAAAGGGGUAUUUUUCCGCGAUUUUCGCUCCGUCUUUAUUUUUCGGCAAAAAGUUAAGAGCCCUUUCGAAAGUUGCUUCCGAGAUGUUUCUAGUCAAGAUUUUUUGCCAAAGUUUUAUUUAUUCUCGUUCACGAUGCGAUUUAUUUUGCUCCUCGCGGUCUUUUAUUUUCUGUCGGUCUUCGAUUGAAUAGGUAACGAGUGGUAUAGUUUGUUUCGUGCUUGCCGACGUGCCUGACGAAUGAUUUUUCUUUUCUGCGGAAAGCGGAAGUAAGUGAGUGAGCUUGUAAGGGACCGGCAUUUUUUGGCGUCGCUCUUUGAAUUAAAUGCGAGGCACGAAUAUUUUUGUUUUCCUCACAAGUAAUUAUGUGUGUGGUAGGGCGAAGUGUGACGCUGUCUUUUUUUUUUUUUUUUCGUCAGACUCGAUUUUGUCCAUUUUUAACAAGUGAGUUGAACGUUUUUUAAGGCCUCUCUAUUUUGAACAUGAUGGAAGCGAAGCGUGCAGAAGGAAGGGAAUGUAAUUCCGAAUUUUGUGUAUCGGGUGCUUAGCGGAUAUUCCUAUUUUGACGUGAUUUUUUGUUUCUGAUAGUUCCUCGUUUUUUCUUGAUUCAUGGCUAUUUCCGACUUUGCGUGAUGCUUCGAGGAUGGAGAGGAUGAAUUUAUUACAUUCCUCUUCUAUUUUCUCAACUGAUUACCGUGGCUGAAAUCUGAAGCGAUUUCCGUCUUCGCACGUCGAGUAUGACAUGAUUUCUGCGCACGCGAAAUUCUGCUUUUACAAAUCAUGUCUUGUUCUGCAGUUGCUUGACGAUUAAAAAUGAUUUGAGUGGGA